CACAAACAACACUAACGGAAACAUCAACGUGAAAGCGAGACGGACGCCCUCCGUCCCGUUAUAUGCUGUGUCUGUCUGUCUUUAAUAUAUAUAGUUGAAAAAAAUAUAUCAAAUAAAAAACAAGUGCAAGAAAAGAGAAAAGCGCCCAAUGCGGCCAAUGGAAAUGCCAAAGAAAAUGCAGCAGCUACAAAUUCGACAACAAAUGCAAAUUCUACAACAACAACAGCAGAAGAAGCAGCAGCAACAACAUCAACUGCAAUUUCCCAACACAUAAGUCCACCGAAUUUUCCGUCUUUGUCGCGCGCGCUCACACACAUACACACUCAACUUGCACACACACACACACACGGAGACACAUGCAUGUGCAUAAAUGGCAAUAUGGACGAACAGCAGCAGCAUUUGCGUUGUAUACCAACACAGUGACACGCGCGUGCCAAAUAUUGCCGAUUUUAUCACACAAGCAACAACAACAUCAGCGGGACCAGCUAUUAACUAAAGGAGCCAUUACAACAACAAAAACGGGAUCCAGCAAAGUAACAGCAACUGCAAUAGCAAGUACAACGAGAGCAACGAACAUUGCUGGAAGGCGUCGCAAAAUAUCAAAAUGUCAAUUCAGAAGCUAAACGACACCACCAACUCGGGCUACGUGAGUUCCGAGGAGACGGACUCGCUGCUGGUGAGCAGCUCGAAUCCAACGAAGGGCGGCGGUCGGACGGCUCUGCUCCGCCAGGUGAAGAGUAGCUCCACAAAUGGGCCAACGACGGGGGCGUCCACCUCAUCCUCGGGAUCGGUAUCGGUGUCGGUAUCGGGCGGGGGCGGUGGAUCCGGUUCCGGUGGCGGCUCAGCAUCAGGCUCAGCAGCCGGGGCUUCCAAGCCAACGCUAAUGCGUCAGGAUCGUACUUCCACCUACCUGACCAGUCCGCAGCAGUCGCAGCACGCGAGGAUGGGUUCCGAGGAGAGUAUGCGCGGUGGCAGCGGUGCCGCCGGCAAUGACGAGGAUGUGGAACAGGGCCUGGUCCGCAGCAGCAUAGUGCCUGAUAUCGAAGUACACGAAGAGGACCAAGAACAACAUAGCCAACAGGCAACGAUGACCAAUAAUCAAUUGCAACAGCAGCAGCAGCAACAGCAACAGCAACAGCAACCGACCAUAUCAAUUAUGAAUUUAAGCCUCAAGCCCGGCGAUAGCCACAGCCACAGCCAUAGCCACAGCUCCAGUCCGGGCAGUCAUCCGAAUUUGGGCACCUCAUCAUAUCAAAAUCUGGCCUCGAGCAUACCGCCCAGCGUGCCAAGUCGCUGCCGGGCGUGCCGCAAUUGCAGCCGACGUGCUUCCACCACGCCCACCACGCUGAUCGAUCGCUCCGCCUCCCGCGACAGUGUGAAAAGUGCCUUCCAGCAGGGCAAUCUCAGCGGCUCCAUGGCCAUUUGCAUAUCAAACUCGGCCCUGCCCCAGCAGCAGCAGCAGCAACAGUAUCACCUGCAACAGCAGCAGCAGCACUAUCAGUUGCAGCAACACCACCUGCAUCAGCAGCAUCUGCAGCAGCAACAGCAGCAGCAGCAGGUGCCACCUGUGCUAAUCACAUCAUCGCCAACGAACGGAUCACGGAUAAUACGGCAAAGCUCACAGCCGGAAUCGAGCAGUACGGCCAUUUGCUGUGGCCCCCAUUCCGCCUGCGUCGGCCACGCCCACUCGCACUCGCAUACGGUGCCGAAUGUCUCGCUGAAGCAACUGCGUGAGAGCUCCGGCGAUGGAAUCGCUGGCAUUGCAGCCGACUCCCUGCGGAUCAAUGGGGGCAUGCGGCCUUUCAAGCAGGGCGUUCUUCUAAUGCCUCGCACCUUGUCCGAAAGCCGAAAGUUGCGCCUUCGAAGGGCCUUCACCGAGGCCACUAACGAAACACUUCAAUGCUCCAAAAUGCUCCGCAAACCGGCGUCGACACUCUCAAUUCCUGGCUCGAUGAAAACACCUUCCAUUGCGAACCGGGAACAGAUCUCAUCUGGAUGCAACGAAGAAGCGGCCGAGGCACUAGUGGGUAUCCACUCAGACUACCCUAGGUAUGAAAUGUAUAUGGAAGAACGUGCUCUUACUGGCGGCAAUACGUCCAGGAAGCCAUCAACAAACUCGGCCAAACACAAACCCAAUGUGGGCUAUCGCCUGGGAAAGAGGAAAGCCCUCUUCGAGAAGCGCAAACGGAUCAGCGAUUACGCCCUGGUCAUGGGCAUGUUCGGGAUCAUCGUGAUGGUUAUCGAAAACGAACUGAGCAGUGCCGGUGUCUACACAAAGGCAUCGUUCUACUCGACAGCGUUAAAAACCUUAAUAUCUGUUUCGACUGUGAUUCUUUUAGGACUUAUAGUAGCUUACCAUGCUUUGGAAGUGCAGGUGAGAUUAUUCAUGAUAGAUAACUGCGCUGACGAUUGGAGGAUCGCAAUGACAUGGCAACGAAUUAGUCAAAUAGGGUUAGAACUUUUUAUAUGCGCUAUACAUCCAAUUCCUGGCGAAUACUAUUUCCAGUGGACGACGAAAUUGGCCAAUAAGAAUAAAACAAUUGGCACCGAAAUGGUGCCAUAUGACGUAGCUUUAUCAUUACCUAUGUUCCUUCGAUUAUAUUUAAUCUGCCGCGUAAUGCUGCUGCAUUCAAAGCUAUUCACAGAUGCAUCAUCACGGAGCAUUGGCGCUCUCAAUAGGAUUAAUUUUAACACAAGAUUCGUUUUAAAAACUCUAAUGACAAUAUGCCCGGGAACGGUUCUAUUGGUUUUCAUGGUCUCGCUGUGGAUCAUCGCAUCCUGGACGCUGCGUCAAUGCGAAAGAUUUCAUGAUGAAGAACAUGCGAAUCUUUUGAAUGCAAUGUGGCUGAUAGCGAUAACAUUUUUGAGUGUUGGUUUCGGUGAUAUUGUUCCGAAUACGUACUGUGGACGUGGUAUCGCUGUCAGUACAGGAAUAAUGGGCGCCGGCUGUACGGCUCUACUGGUGGCCGUUGUCUCCCGGAAACUGGAGCUGACCCGUGCCGAGAAGCAUGUGCACAACUUCAUGAUGGACACGCAGUUGACCAAACGGCUGAAAAAUGCUGCGGCGAAUGUUCUGCGUGAAACUUGGCUCAUUUACAAACAUACAAGACUAGUAAAACGGGUUAAUCCCGGCCGUGUAAGAACCCACCAAAGAAAGUUCCUUCUAGCUAUAUAUGCGUUGCGAAAAGUUAAAAUGGAUCAGCGCAAACUAAUGGAUAAUGCAAACACAAUAACUGACAUGGCCAAGACACAAAACACGGUCUACGAGAUAAUAUCGGACAUGUCUAGCCGUCAGGAUGCCAUCGAAGAGCGUCUAACCAACCUAGAGGACAAAAUGCAGAGCAUACAAGAGCACAUGGAAAGCCUUCCAGACCUAUUGUCUCGAUGUCUGACCCAGCACCAGGAGCGGAUCGAGCAGCGGCGGAACUUUUUACAUCCUGACACAGCUGCAGUUGCACCCAUUCAAGCGCCAACGCCCCAAUCGAUGUUCAAUGCAGCGCCCAUGCUGUUCCCCCAUUCUAGAAGUGUUCCCUCAUCCAAUAACGCCGCUGCUACUUACCAUUGGCCAACAAGCCCUAUUUUGCCACCUAUAUCUAGUAGAACACCACAUUUAGUGCCUGAUACUCACAUGCCAUCAAAUGGAUCUGCAGUUAAUAGCUACGCAUCUUCCAACAAAUACGGCAGCUGAAUAUCAGAAAGAGAGCGCUCCAACUCCGUGAUUAACAUCGAGAUGCUAACAAUAAGGCCGGAUCGAUCCUGGCUAACCUCAUCCGCACCCCAGAAAUUCGCAUCCACAUCCACAUCAACAUCAAUGUCUACGUCAAAGUCUAAACCCGAAUUCGAAGUGGCCGAGACAGCGCUGAGGCAACGCGUGCUAUCGCCGAUAUCGUCGUUAUCGGAGUUUCAAUCGCAAUCGCUAUCGAGACCAUCGUCACAAACGCGAGAGCACAUGUUGCAGCAGUUCAUUGGGCGGGAAAUUGAGCUGAUACCGAUGAUACCGAUUAUACCGAUCAUACCGAUACCAGUGAUACCCGAAGACGUCGAAUCGUUGGCAAACACCAAUACGAACAGCAAUAGUUCGCCCGAUCAGCAGAAUGUGCCCAUGACCAUAAGUACAGUACCGCCAUCGAGUUCAGCGCCCGCUUUCACAGUGACCGGAACCGGAAGCGGAAUUGAAUAUGAAAGUUCGGUGGCCGGAACUAGUGGUGGCAUUGUCAAAUCGAUAACGAUGGACGAACCGAUUACGACGGGGAGCGUCAAGCCGAUUGCCUCGAAUAAGUUUACUAGGAAAAGAGAACGUGUAUGCAAUAAUAGUAGUUAAUAGUGGUAGUCAUAGUUAUAGUAAUACUAGAGGUAAAAGUAAUAUUAGUAAUUCUACAAGUCGAAUUUCGAACUCGGCCUUUUGUAAAUAAGCCUCUUCGAGAUGAGAAAAAAGUCAAAUGUUAGCAUAUACAUAUUAAUAUACAGAAUACACACACUAUGUAUCUAUAUCUGUAUAUGGAUAUAUAGGACUACCCACAAAAAACAUCCAAAAGAAAGAAAAAAACAAUAAGAGAAAACCAAACAGAAUAUAUGUAUGUAUACAUAUAUAUACACAUGUAUGUAUGUAAUUGUGUAACUUUUUUUUCUAAGUUUUAGGCUAAACGUAUUUGUAAUAUUUCACCUUGGGCCAAGGCAGCCUGUACAUGCAUACUAAAAUACUUAACAUAAUAUAGCAUGUAGGAAGUGUAUGUGUGUGUAUGUGUAUGCGUAUGGGAGCGUGCGUGUGCGAGUGUACAGGACCAGAUUGGUUAGGAAGUUAGGUCAUAGGACAUAGAUCGUAGGGCACCAGUAUGUAGAAUCCACGUAUGUAAACGCUCAGAAACAGAAAUAGCAAUAGCAAACCUAAACAGAUCUGGCACCAAAAGUCCAUACCAGUAAAUCCGUGUAACCCUUAAAGAACUGCAACCCCCUGAAAGACGCCCCCCACCCCCCAGCAGUUCCGCUUCCGGUGCAGCGAACCAACUGCAAAACAUCCACGAACAUGGCAAAUUCUAGAGUCCGUCUGUAUGAAAUUUGUGUGCGAAUACAUACAUACAUUUACAUUGUAUCCGAAGGAUGUGUGUCUGUCUGGCCUGGCUAUGUGUGCGAGGCAAGUGAAAGCAUAAGCAUACGAGGAACCCAUUAAAGACCCAACAAUUAUACACAAAACGAGCAGAACAAGAAAAAUGGAAAACCAACAAAAAAAUCAAACAACAACAAAAUUCAAAACCAAGAACAAUGAAAAACUAUCUAACUGUAAAGUGCAUGUUGCGAGAUUUAGAAAACAGCGAAACCAGAAAACCAAAAACCAAGAGAUAGCAAAAAAUUGAGAACCCCAAUAACCGAGGAUAAACGAAAAAUAAACACACAAGAUGGGAGUUCUUACUUAGCAUCUACGUACUAUGUAGAUCUGGCUUUAACUAAACUAACGAAACAAGUUUGUUGUUGUCUUCUUUUUCUACACAUAUAUUAAAAAUAUAUAUAGUAUAUAUACAUACAUAUAUAUUUUCGUUGUUGCUGUUUUUCGCCCAUUCUUUUCUACCAAGAAUUAUGAACUCAAUUAAGAACCUGAAUAGCUUUUGAACGCAAGUUUGAGACGAUGAGAUGAUAUAGUAGCGUAGACUAAACUGAGUUACAAAUGAGAAGAAGUCGAAAAACGAACUACUAUUUAGUAUAGUCUACAUACUAAAGUGAACAAUUUUAAUUGGAAUUUUUGUAACAUAUUGAAGUAAAUCUCAUUAAUAACAUAUACAAGCUAGCUGGCAAAUGUGUAACAACGGAACAAACCACAAGCUCCAGAUAGAAAAUAAUAGUACCGAACCGAAGCGAACGAAAGCGAGCUGAUAGAGCAGAGUAGUGUAGACAUAAUAGCAGAAGUGGCCGAGCUACGUAAAGAUUUUCUAAAGAUUCUAAAAGGAACAUUAUAUAUACUAUAUAUAUAUAUAUACUUACUAUAAAGUAUUAACUGAGAGCAUCGAAGUUAUUUAAUGUAAAAAAUCAAAGCAAGAAACUAAAACAAGUUAGGUAAUGUGCAACCUUCUAACGCUUUGUUAGGUUACCAAGUUCCCAAAUUGAAGACAAAUGCGAUAUACAGACAACUGAAUUGCCCGAAUAGUGCCCCCACCUUCCAGCUCCCAUUCUCGCACCAACUCCCCAAUUCCCCGGUCAGUGAGACAGACUCUGCAUAAUAUACAGAACCAGGGCCAGAAAGGAUCAAAAUAUCUGUAAACUGUAGUUUAUAUAGCCAUAGGAUGCAGUCCACUUAAAGCCAACUAGGAGUACCGAAGUUUUACCACAUUACCAAGCCCCUCGCCUAAGUUUUGAUUUAUGAAAACGAAACUCUCCCCUCAACCAAAAAGUUUCCCAAUUGUCUGAUAGGUCUAAACUUAUAUGUACAUGUACAACUAAAGGCCCAGACCAGCAAAAAGAAAAUUCUAAGGAGAACAAGGAACAAGAAACAAACCAACUAAAUGAACCCUUAAACAAAUGUGUGUAUACCUAUUUAUAAUAUUGAAUAUUUAAAUUGAAAUGAACGUUCAAGACUGCUGUCAAAAUAGCUUUAUCACAAUAAAUAACAAAGAUCUACACAAGACGAUAACAGCACACCAAACACAACAGAACAGAUCAGAACCAAACAGAACCGAACAGAACAGAACAAAACAGAUCAGAACAAUACUAAGGAUAUCAAUAAACAUCGAUUAUCUAACCGGAAACACACAGCAACACACAGAUUCAGAUACGCGAUAUGGAAUGCGGCCAGCUUUAACGUUAUAAAUUCAUGCAUAUUUGGGUUUCAACUCUACAACAACUUAAAACGAAUACGCAUGAUAACACUGAAAUUGAUCGAUAUACAACUAACGAUAUACGGAGUCGAAUCAAAUCAAAUCGAGUCGAAUCGAAUCGAAUUGAAUCGAAUUGAGUAAUUGGUGGAAGAUCAAAUUCCCGUUUGAACUGGUUUCCUAAGCCCCACAAAAUACCUUUAAACACUAGAUAAAAACCAAAAAUGAAAAUAAAAACUUUGAUAUGAGGGACCGAAUUUCCAAAGACAGGUCUUUAUUAUACAAAAUACCAAAGCAGAAGCAAAUCAACUGACAACAAAUUCCUAAGUAACAACAUUUAACAGUAACAGUUUAUAAUACGCAAGAUUUUAAGCCGCCUUAGAGCUGGGUUCCCCAAUGAAAAACUAUGGUACACAUUGAAGGAUCGUAUUGCACCAUAUCCUUGGUUGACUUUCGUUGCAUUGCAAGUCCGAGUCCCACGUCCAGCUUUGUGUUACAUUGUCCAUUUGUGUUUUACCUCUACGUAAACCAUAAUCAUAUCGAAUCGAAUCGAUAAAUGUAUACUUUAUUUUCCUCAGCGAUUCGUAGAGCUCAAGGGGUACUUCGAGAAUCAUGCUUCAACCGUAACUCUUCUAGCCAAACCAGGUCCAAUAGAACAUACAUAUACAUAUAUGUAUGUAUAGCCCAGUCAAUGCCAAUGCAAAUGAUGAACUGGAUUCGUGUUUUCGAAAACGUUUCGAGCCCGAUUAUGACGAAGCAGCCAUUUUGGUGUAUUUACACGAUAGAAUCAAGAAAGGGUCCUUCCCCCAAAAAUAUCCCCCACAUCCCCAAUCCCUCCUCUCGCGCGCCCAACUAGAGCGGGGUAUGCAAAAUAUAUAUGGUUACAUAUACAAUAUCUAGAUAUACAACACACAUAUACUCGUAUAUACAUGUACAGACGGUCUAUGUGGUGUAUACCCAAAAACCCAAAAGCCAGAAACCAAACAAAAAACCAAGAACCCAAAUAACAAAAAACAAAAACCAAAAAACCCCACACUAAUAAGAUCAUAUUUGACUUUAUAUGUAUUAUAGUAAUGUAUUCAGUAGCUAAAUCGAAAGCCGAAGCAAAGACCAAUUUAUUAACAACAAACUAAUAAGGAAAACCCAACUGGAAAACAAUUAUUAUGUUAAACUAAAGAAUAAAAACAUAAGAGGAAGCCGAAACAAUUUUUUAUGGAGAAAAAAAAAGAAAACAAAACAAAAGAAAAGAGAGUAAACUAGAAUGCAUUGCAUGAAUUAAACGAAGUGGAGAAAAA